AUGAGUAAUUCGCCGUUGUCUACGGGGGCAUACCCCUCUGUGUUGGGCCUCAUGCGUUCUCGUACUACCGAAAACGCUGACAACGCGUGGGAAAAAAACAAGCAACAAAGCGAAAGAUAUGUAGAAAUAAAUCACGAAAAAAAAAGAGCACUUCUUGGGGAUCAAAAUGGUAAAUCCCUCUGGGCUGGCGAGAACAGAAACAACCUGAGUUGUAACGGGGUGAAAUACAACUACUCGCCUAGCUCAAAUAUGGACACUAUCGGAUACAUGAAAGCCGACGCUCCAUUUAACAUGAAAGUGUGUGUUGCGACUGGGGAAAGUACUGAGAAUGAGCACGCCCAUGUAGGGAAAUAUGUGGAGGACACUCUGGAGGCAUUGGCAGGGAACUACAUGCAUACAAAUGACGACACAAAUGAAGAGACAAAUAUGGGCACCAAUGAUGACACAAAUGAGGAGACAAAUGAAGAGACAAAUAUGGGCACCAAUGAUGACACAAAUGAUGACACGAACACGGACAUUAAUGCGGAAGAUAUUGUGGGGGGUAGCCUUGAAACACACAAACAGGCAUGCUCGGGGAAAACGCCUAACAUACGCGACGGACAGCAGUAUGCGAGGGGGUUCUCAACACUCGGCAGGACGUUCGGGGAGGACGCGGAAAAUUGCAAUUUUCCUCUCAUCCGAGAUUUCGACACGGACCACGGCGUGGACUACGGGGCGAGCUACGGGACUAAUUACAACAUGAACUGUGGAACGAACUGUGGAUCAAACUACGGAACGAGCUGCGGGAUGAACUACGCAAAUAACUGUGCAAAUAAUUAUGCAACGAGGCACGGGACGAACCUCAGCACAAACUUCAGCACAAACUAUGGAACGAACUACGCAACCAGCUACGGAACAAACUACGCAACAAACUACGGAACUAAUUACGCAACAAACUAUCCAACAAACUACGGAACGAACUAUGGAACAAACUACAACACAAACUAUGGAAGGCGGUUGCUCCCCACCCCUUCCCAGAGCUUCAGCCCCAGCGCAAAAAAUGUGCCAUUUCACGAAAGGGGAUUGCUGAGGACACCUCCCGCUGGCAUGUACACAUUUUUUCGGCCCAACAAAAAAUACGAACUCUUGAAGUACCCUAAUCAAAUAAAAAAAGGAGUGAAGAAAAACUGUGCAAUAAAUGAAAAAUAUCAUAAAGCAAAAAAUGAGUACGCAUCAAACACAGGAGAUGUUCCUCCUUUUAAAAGCUCAAAUAAGUACGCUUCAUGCAAUUGCCCAAUUCUCCAUCAGAAUAUGAACACAAACAAAAAGGAAAAUGAGUGCACCGAUAUAAAGCAAAUACACAGCGAUUUUAUUUAUUUAAUUAUAAAAUAUCUAUACUAUGAAAGAAUUCUACCGGAAGCAAAUGAGAUAAAAAGGAAAAUAAGCAAGUACUUCCCAGACUGUGCGGUGCUGAAUACAAAUUUCGUAAACAUAUGUAGAGAAGAUAUCAAUCAGAGAUUUUUAAUAUGCAAGAUAAAUUCACACGAAGAAGAAGAUGAAGAAGAAGAAGACAAAAGAGAAAAAGGAUAUUUUAAGAAAACAUUCAAUAACGAAAAUAUCUGCAUAUACCUCAGAGAUAUAUCCAAAGAUUUCUUUAUAAAUCCCAAUGACGAUACUGAAAGCGUCUUGCAGUACAUCCCUCUCUUGUUCAUUCAUAUUAUUGACAGGUUCAGAUUACAGUCCAGUGACAAUAAUCACAAAGGAGGGAGAUACAUCUUGGCCGAAACUCUAAAACACACGGGCCCAUACAUUUUCAGGACGAUGAAGUUAGGAAGAAUCAUACACAUACUCCAAAAAUGCAUCGACCUGAACAUCCUCUCCUACUACAACAAUAAUAUUAUUCCCAUAUUUACCUCGAUGGCCAUUUCAAAAACGUAUGUUUCCAAAAUGCUGGUUAAUGAGACUCCCGAUUCAAAGAAUCACAAGGAAAACUCCAUAACUAUCAUAAAGGAUAGGAUCUAUCGCCUUCUGCAUAGCUACUCAGAGGACAAAACAAAGGGAAAAGGUUUUUCCCUCAGUCGGUUACCCCUCAUUUAUAAAAACGUGUACAAAGAAAGCAUAAAUAUCGAUCAAAUAGGAUACUCCAAGCUAACCGAAUUUAUCAAUAACGAGCUAAGCGAUAUAUGCUUUAUUUCCACUCAGCAUAAGUUCCAAUGCAUCCUGAUGCCCCUUAUGGAAAAUGAGCAAAAACACCGAGAUAAAAAUGCAAAACUAAAAAAGGAAAAACAGUUAAAAGAAUCCCUGGACUACAUAAAGAAUUACCAGUGGGAAAGAUGCAUAUCGUAUUUACACUUUGCAAAUUAUUUCAGAAACAGGAAGAGGGAAACCCAAGUGAAGGGGCCAGCUCCCAAUGACCCCAUAGAACAACUAAUAAACAACAGCUUUCUCAUUAAGCAUAAGAAUUACCUUGAUCGCACUUUAAAAAACAGUUCCGAUGAAAACGUCCCAUUGCUAUUGCCCUUGGACGUUUUCAAUUUGCCCUCGUCGUAUGAUAUGUACGAUGCCUACCAUAAGUCAGAAACCUAUUACAGUACAAAUCCUACGGAAGAUAAUUCGGUCAUCAAAUGUAUAGAUAAUAUGCAAAGCAAAUGCAGCAUCUUAUAUGAUCUUAAAAAAUGUGUAUCCUUGGAUAUUUCCAUUGAAGACUCCGUAAAUGUUAACCACAUGUAUCAUAACUACCCAUCUUCAUAUAAUGUGUUUCACUCUCUUUUUAAGGAGACCUUAGAAGAGAUUCCCAUUGUUGACCAGCAUCGAAUGCAAAUUUAA